GAAAUGAAGCUGGCUCAUGUCCUUCUUUCUCAGGUUAAGCAUCUUGAGGCAUGGCAGGACAUGGGAAGACAACACUUUUCAUCUAUUUCCAUAUCCAUACAAGCCAUGCAUUCUCUUCUUUCCAGGGUUCCCCUAAGGGAAGGUACAAAGGUGAACAUAGAAUCUGCUGUCACUAUAUUUCAGAAGGGAGAAGCAGUCUCUGAUGCUAUCAUUUUAACUGUGAAUAGUUUUGCUCCUAAGAUAAAGGACAUCGUUCCACUUGCCUCUCAACUUGCUGAAGUGGUGGCACAAGAGAAGUUAGUGCUGGAGCAGUGCCAUGAUCUUAUGAGAAUGAUAUCUGAGUUAGAGAUGGAGGAGAGGAGCUUAAAGUAA